UAUUUAUUAAUUUUUAAGUUAUUGUUUCGGGGAAAUAUAUUUAAAUAAAAAAAUCUAUAAUGUUAAUUCGCCAUUUUAUGAAAUUGACAAGUACUGCAAGAGUCACAACAUACAAUAAGUUUUUCAUACACAAGAAAAUAACGCUAUCACCAUUAUGUCGCUGUAGAAAUAUUCAAAACAGAUUUUACUCAACCGAGAGAGGAACAAACGAAGCAAAGACACUUACUAACACAAAUGAUAUAAUAUUUUCGGGAGGACCUUCGAAAGUAUCUACAGGUCGUAGGAAUAAAUUAUCCUCAGAUGAACUACUUGAAAAGCUCAUAGCUAAUUUAUCAACAGAUAUUCAUCAAAAGAAUAGAGUGUAUAAAAAUGACCUUAUAGCGAUUAUUAAUAAAAUUAAAGAAUUAAAUAUGUCAUCAAAAAAACAAGGAUUACUUUUAUUGAAUUGUGCUUCCGAGCUGCUUCCAGAUGAAACGCCGAGUGUGAGAAUGGCUUUAGUUGAACAAGCGUGGAAUACUAUAAAGCCACAUACAAAGUUUGAUGUAGAACAUUACAAUGAACUCUUAAGGGCAUACAUUGCUAACAAUAGAACUCUUACUGUUAGUUCGUUUGUCGCCCAGAUGGGGUCAGUGAAACCUAAUUUAACCACUUAUGAACUUAUAUUAAGGACUUUGGGAGAGGCGGGAGAUAUAAAUCAAUGCACGGAAGUCAUAUCUAAUAUGAAGGCUCAAGGUUUACCGGCUACUGAACAUGUAUUCAACUCUUUGAUUAUUUGUCAAGGAAAGAUGGGGAAACUUGAGAGCAUUCAAGAGAUAUUGACUAUGAUGAAGUCGCUCAAACUAGAAUAUUCUAUAAAUACAUUAACAGCUACUGCUAGAGCUCUUGCUUUUAAUAAAAAGAAUGAACUACUUAUUGAUGAAAUGGAAAAGGCAAAAAACAUUGGAAUCAAGUUUGACGAGAUCCAUAUAAUGGAGAUUGUCAAAACAUUAGCAGCUGUUACAAAUUAUGAACCAAUACCACAAGUAUUAAAAUACUUGCCGAGGGAAAUACUUCAAACUCCAUCGAUAACUCCUUUUAUGCAAAGUGUGUCAACGUUGCUGGUGUUUCAAAACCAUCCAAUGGUUGCGUUGGAGAUUUAUAAAUGUUUGCCGUUGCCUUCAUUUGGACCCAAAGAUGACAUGGGUUUGCAUGGUAGAAGUCUCGUUAGGGACUGCGUGAAAGCAUCCAUGUCUUCGAGUGUCAUCGCUCAUAUAACCCAAGAGCUGAUGUCGUCUGGUCGGAACCCUAUCGCUCUACAGAAUGCAGCGGAAGCAGCUCUGCAGCUGGGGAAAAUUCCACUCGCCCUGGACAUGUUUACGCGCAUGAAACACGUGGGUUUGCCGGUCAGACCACACUACUUCUGGCCUAUCUUCAUACACACUUCUAAGACUUAUGGAGAGAAGGGUAUAAUGAACACACUAUCGACAAUGGUGGCCAUGGAAGUGAAACCAGACUAUGAGACUAUAAUAGAGUAUAUAUUACCAUUUGUCAGUUUUACAUCCCCACAGAAUCUGAUGAAGAAGUUUCUAGAAACAGGACUGACAGUCACAAGCGUGUUGACACCGAUGAUGGUUACAUUGUUGAAUACGGGGCAGGUUCGAGCGGCUAGUGAAAUAUGUGAAUUAUUCCAAGGGAAGGUAGACGCAGAUGCUUUAUUACAACCAUUAUUAAAAGGCUAUUUGAUCAGUUCAGACACAAAGUCCACUAUUCAUGUAUUGGAGGACAUAACGUCCAAAGCCUCAGAGAAUGACAAAGAUUGGGUCGGUAGGUUCCUAUGUGUUUGUAUGAGUAAGAAAAAAGUCAAAGAAGAUACGAAAGAAAUCUUAUAUUUAGUUAAGGCCUUGCAAAAUUCGCAAUUAAGAAUAUCAACCUCCGCAGCCGACUAUUGCAUCUCUCAAAUACCGGAAAAUCAAGGGAAUGAUAACACAGAGAGUCUUAAAGACGCUCUUAUUGCGAUCACAGAUGACAGAUUGAUAGAUGAUGGAGAGUUCUUCGUUCAACGCAUACCACAUCCAAAACAAAUGAAUGAGGCGGCUCUGAAAGCCCAUCUAGUGGAACUGGAAGCGAAGGGUAUGAACACGCGUGGUGUUCUCCGAAAAUUACUCCAGCAGUACUGCAGGGAGGGGAACCUGGCUGCGGCUCGGGAAAUACUAGAUAAAUGCCAAACGGAAGGGGUUUUCCUAUCAGCCGGUAUGAAGGCAUCAAUUUUCGACCUCCAUGUCAAGUUGGGAGAGUUGGAUUUAGCGGAAAUCGCUCUAGCGGAUCUAAACAAGACAUCGCCGAAUUUCACUCUAGACGAAUACAAAGUGAUAGAUUUUGCCACUUUGAUGGUGUACAGGAAGAAGAUUAAGAAAGCGUUCGAGCUUAUCAAUGAACAAUCUAAGAAAAGACGGAUAACAGGCGGCCGUAACAUAUCGAUGAACUGCUGGCGGCUGAUGGACGCGACGGCGGCGCAGGGCUCGCCCGCCGACGCGCGCCGCAUGCUCGAGCUGCUCACGUCGCUGCGCUACUGCCGCGCCGACAACACCGUGCUCGGCCCGCUCGUGCGCGUGCACUUGAAGAGUGGUAACAUUGAAGAAGCUGUUAAAGAAUUCGUAAGAUUAUCUGAAAAGUACAAGAAAACUCCGCUUAAACACGAGCUAUUAUGUAAAGUAUUGAAAGCAAUGAGUGACGGAAAGACUGAAGAUACUUUCAUAGAGAAUGAGAAAGCUAAUGGAAAACUCAAUCGAUUCGUACAAACUAUACUCAAUGUUAAUAAACAAAUACACGGACCUGGCGAUGUUCAACUAACUUUAAUAGCAGCUCUAGCAGAUGUUGGUUAUAAGAAGACGUUACGUAAAUUAUUCCUUGAUCCGACGAUAAAGUUCCACCCAGACGCCUUGAUGCGUCACUGCGAGAGGUUCGCUGAUGAGAAGAAAGUGGAAGCGUUAGAAGCUAUAGGGGAAUGUGCUCGGGACUUGAGACAUAUUGACGUUGAAGAAAUAUAUAACAUGAUUUUGGAUGUCUUCCAACGUGACGACAAAUGCCAAGAAGCUUUAUCGUUGUGGUACAAAAUGCAAGAGAACGAGAUAAUUCCGUCGCAGAAAUUCGUUAAAAACCUUUGCUCAAUGUGCAAGGCAAAUAACAAACAUAUCCCGUCAGAUCUAUCUAUAUUCCUCGAUAAGAAAAUGAAGAAUGCUUAAAUUGUAUAAGGCUUAAGGCGGUUUGUUGUAAAGGUGUACUUGUUAAAAUUGUUAAGUGCGCACUCGCACUGUGUGAAAAUUUAAAUUGUUGAUAUCUGUGAUAUUUUAUUUAUUACAUUAAUUAAUACGA